CGAGUGCCAAUAAGAGGUGAGAGGACAAAGGAGAGGACUACCAAGAGGUCUCAGGAUACCCUGAAAAGAUAACAGACUUAAGAGUGAUGAAAAAUAUUUGAGAGAUUUCCCCUCCACUGUGACAGCAUCCUGAAGUGAUCUAUCUGUCUGGCAUUGUGACGCACGGCGAAUGAGGAGUUCCAAACUUUAAACUUGGAAAAGCAAACUUCAGGAAAAAUGGCACAUUUGCAUCUGAGAUGCCUAUUGGCUCUGGCCUUAGUGCACGUUGUUUUGUCCUCUGGUGUGUUUGAGCUGAAGAUUCAUUCCUUCCACACCGCGCAGCGGAUCUGUCGAAGACACAGGGACUGUCACAUUUUUUUCAGAAUUUGCCUGAAACACCCGGAGGAUGUCAUCUCCGCAGAGCCGCCCUGCACCUUUGGUACUGGACAGACCAACGUCAUCAGAGCCGAUCACACCUCGAUCUCCAGCAGCGCUCCCAUCAGGGUGCCUUUCCACUUCAAGUGGCCGGGAACAUUUUCGUUGAUCAUUGAAGCCUGGAACGCUGAAUCUCCCACUGAAUACACAGACAACCAGAACAACCUCGUGAGCCGUUUGGCGACCAGAAGGAGACUUGCCAUUGGAGAAGACUGGUCCCAGGACGUGCAUUUUGGAGAACAGAGCGAGCUGCGCUACUCCUACCACGUCUUCUGUGACGAGUACUACUUUGGAGACGGCUGCGCUGACUAUUGCAGGCCGAGGGAUGACACGCUGGGCCACUACACCUGCGACGAGGAGGGCAACCGCAUCUGCCUGGAGGGCUGGAAAGGAAACUACUGCUCUGAGCCCAUCUGCUCGGCGGAAUGCAGUGAGAGGCAUGGCUACUGCGAGGCCCCAGGGGGCUGUACGUGCCGCAUGGGCUGGCAGGGCCCUUCCUGCAAUGAAUGCGUCCGCUACCCAGGCUGCCUCCAUGGGACAUGCAGCCAGCCGUGGCAGUGUAACUGUCAGGAGGGUUGGGGGGGCCUCUUCUGCGACCAGGACCUGAACUAUUGUACUAACCACAAGCCAUGCGCCAAUGGUGCCACCUGCACCAACACAGGCCAGGGCAGCUACACCUGCAACUGCCGGCCCGGCUUUGGAGGUACCAACUGCGAGCUGGAGACCAACGAGUGUGACAGCAACCCCUGCAAGAACGGAGGCAGCUGCAAUGACCUGGAGAACGACUACUCCUGCACCUGUCCUCAGGGAUUCUAUGGGAAGAACUGUGAGAUCAUUGCCAUGACUUGUGCAGAUGGUCCCUGCUUCAAUGGCGGCACCUGUGUGGAGACAAUGACUGGAGGCUACACCUGCCGCUGCCCUCCCAGCUACACUGGCUCCAACUGUGAGAAGAAGCUGGACCGCUGCAGCAACAGGCCCUGUCUAAAUGGCGGUGAGUGUCUGGAUCUCGGCCAGAGCAUCUUGUGUCGUUGUCAGGCAGGCUUCACAGGUGCCAACUGCCAGGUUAACAUUGACGACUGUGCCUCAAGUCCCUGCCAGAAUGCUGGAACCUGCCAAGAUGGUGUAAAUGACUACACCUGCUCCUGUACUCUGGGAUACACUGGCAAGAACUGCAGCGUGCGCUCAGAUGCCUGUGGCGCCCAUCCCUGUCAGAACGGUGGCACUUGUUUCACCCACUUCACUGGGCCCGUGUGCCAGUGCCCCAAGGGCUUUAUGGGUCCCAGUUGUGAGUUCACGCUUCAGCCCAGUUUCAAGCCAGCUUUGCGCCAAACCUCCCAACCCUCAUCUACUACCCUCACCCUCUCCUGCGCUCUGGCUAUUCUGGUACUAGUCCUGGUUGCAGGGAUCCUCUACUUGAGGAGGAGGAGGAGAAUGCAGGGAAGGAAGCAGCUAAGAGACACUGCAGUUUAUAACGACUUGGAGACAGUCAACAACCUGGGUGGAAGCGAAAGAGACGCCUUCCUCGGCCCCAAUGGCCUCUUCAAGAUCAGCAACAGCACAGCCCGUCUCAGCCUCUCCCUCUGCCCAGACGGCAGACCGGGCUACAGGCACAACCCUGUGGAGAACAGCCUCUCCAGAGGGGAGCGUCAGGACUUCAUGUGGAGAGAUGAGGCAGGACUGAGAUGAAAAGCGACAAAGCACAGAUUUGAAAAACAGGGAAAGAAACACAUUAGCACUUGUUGCUCCUCUUUCGAUAUGUACAGUGAGGGAAGGAGUAAAUCCACAAGGUGGAAACCACUCGUGCUCACAAACCAAUAUAAACAUCACUGAAAAAAGCAAAAUUGUGACAAAUAAACUAUUCUGAUAUAGAUGAUUUAUUACUGAGAAGGUAUCCGGGGCCAAGCUCUUCCAUGUGUAAGACCCAAAGAGACAAAUAAUAUGAUCCACUGUUCAUAGGACCUAAAACACAAAACCAAAUACAGGAAGAUCCGAUAUCCAGGCCUCUUUUGGAAAACUGCCCAGAUGUGUUUUGCUGGGUUAUUCUUUUGAAUAUGUUCACUUUGUUGUUGUUUUUUUUAAACACUCAAAUUUUCUUUUGCUUUUCAAUCUUCCUUUUGCCAUUAUUUCCUUGUUGUGCGUACCAUCAUUUUUUUUAUCCUUUUAUUAUUAAUUAUUAUUUAUUUAUUUGAAAACUCGUGUUUAUGGUUUCACUUUGUCACAGAUGUAGAGAUAUAUUUAUAUGAUGCUAAAUGAAGACCGAUGCUUGAUGCUGUGCAUGGAUGUUUUGUAGGCUGUGUGAGAUAUCCCAAAGAUAUGAUGGGCAGGGAUAUAAUGAGAAUGUGCUUUUUCACAUAACGUCAGCCAUCACUGUAAUUUAUAUAAAUAUAUAUAAUAUAGUACUGCUGUUCAUGUGCCAUUUUGAGUUCAUGCCAAAGUUUGUUUUAUGUUGCAUCUUUUCAUUCAUAUUAUUUAUUUGUAAGUUCAUUAUGUCAUGGUUGUGAUGUGAAAUAAAACUUUGCUUUAAAGCGAUCCGAGAUUUUAGGAUUCUGUUCCACAGGCUUGAACAGUCCUGUUUUACAUGGUAUCAGUGGUGAUUUAUAUUCUGGUUGAUCUAGGAGGCAAUGACUUCAGAGCUCAAAUAUAUAUUUUUAAAUAAACUAGUUUAACUAUUUACUAAUUCGCUCAAAAAAAAAAAAGGUCAAGAUGCUGAAAAAUGCAUCUUCAUUGCACUCACACACGGAAAUUUCGAACCAGUGACUAUCAGUCCGGUUCUUGUGUACUUUGGCUGACCUCAGACCUUUCUCCCUGUUUCUCUUCCUUAAGAAUGGCUUCUUAGCAGCCACCCUACCGCUGUGACCAUUCCUGAUGAGGCUUCUGUUAACUGAACAGAUGCUGUUCAGUUUAUUAAACCUAU